UCAUUAUCAUUCCUCAAGCAACACAACCACUCCGAAUCACCUGAGAAAGACUCAAGAGUAUUAUUUAUGAGUAAAUAAAGAUAGGGACUUUAAUUAUUAAUCUUUCAUCAAUGAAUCAGGAGAGAGACCCAAGUGACAGACAUGGAUGGAUGCGAGAGAGAGAUUUUAAAUAUAGAUUAAAUCAGGAGAUAGCCCAAUUGACAGACAUGGAGUAAUAUAUUUGUGAGAGAGAGAGAGAGGGAGUGGGAGUUGAGUGUAGAGAGAGGGAGAUGGGUCCUUCCCCCUCAUGCAUCGACCCAAAGAGCGGGUUCUGCAGAGAAAAGGGCACAUUCUACAGCCUCCGGCCCACGCCCAAUCUCCUUCCUCUCGACCUCGCAUCAUAUAUUUUCUCUCUCAUCCCCAACCCCCCUCCCUCCUCCCCCGCUCUCGUCGACGUCUCCGCCAAGUCCCACAUCUCCUAUGGCGAUCUCCGAUCAAUGGUCUCCUCUCUCUCUUUCUCUCUUCAAUCCGAGUUUGCCAUCCAAAAAGGCGAUGUCGUCUUCAUUCUCUCUCCAUCUUCAAUCUAUAUCCCAAUAAUCUCUCUCUCCUCUCUCUCUCUAGGAGCCAUUGUCUCCCCUUCCAACCCAAUAAACACCAAGUCUGAGAUAGAGCACCAAAUCCAAAUCUCUAAACCGGCCCUCAUUUUCGCUCACUCCUCAGUAGCUCACAAAAUCCCAGCCCAAAACCGAGUCAUCUCGAUCGAUUCGCUCGAGUUCCGCCGACUCAUUGAAUCGCCGAGAUCGAGCCCGGGAAGGGUCACGAUCGAUCCAGAUGAUCCUGCAACGGUCCUCUACUCCUCUGGCACGACCGGUCGAGUCAAGGGCGUUGUUUUGACACAGAGAAAUUACACUAAAAUGCUGGCGGAGCUAUGGUCAUUGAGGAUCGAGAAGAGGACGUGCUCAUUCAUUACGGUGCCGUUAUUCCACGUCUACGGUUUCGCCUUUUGCUUGAAGGCGUUGGCGUUUGGGGAGACGGUGGUUCUGACGGGUGAAGGAAGGUUUGAGGUGAGGUUUGUGUGCAGGGCGGUGGAGGAGUGGAGGGUCACGAAUUUGGUGGCGGUGCCGCUCGUUUUGGCAGCGAUGAGUACAGGUGAGGAGGCCGAAGGUUUUGAUUUGAGUAGUUUGGAGGCGGUGAUCAUCGGCGGCGCGCCGCUUGGAAAGGAGAUGAUCGCGAGGUUUAAAAGGAGGUUUCCAUGGGUCAUUGUUGCCCAGGGAUUUGGAAUGACAGAAGCUGGAGGAAUUUCAGGCUGUGACUCCGAAGAAUGCAUGCGAUAUGGGUCAUGUGGUCGAUUAUCAGGAGGCUCUGAAGCCAGGAUUGUAGAUCCAAACACACUGCAACGCUUACCUCCAUGUCACAUAGGAGAGUUGUGGCUCAGAGGAGCCACUAUCAUGAAAGGUUACAUAGGGAAUGAAGAAGCAACAAAUUCUGUACUGGAUUCAGAGGGAUGGCUAAAGACAGGAGAUCUCUGCUAUAUAGACGAUGAAGGCCACCUCUUCGUGGUUGACAGGCUAAAGGAGUUGAUCAAAUACAAAGCAUACCAAGUUGCCCCUGCAGACUUAGAAGACGUACUACUUUCUCACCCGGAAAUUGCAAAUGCUGCUGUAGUUCCGUAUCCUGACGAGGAAGCUGGGCAAAUACCCAUGGCAUUUGUGGUUAGAAAGCCCCAGAGUUUCCUUAGUGAAGCGCAAGUUAUGGACUUCAUAGCAAAACAGGUCGCUCCUUACAAGAAGAUUCGGAGGGUAGUGUUCACAAAUUCAAUACCCAAAACUCCUACAGGCAAACUGCUUAGGAAGGACCUCAUUCAACGUGCUCUUGCAAUGCCUGCUUCCAAAUUGUAGUCUUCUCUCUGAUCAUAUUGGAGAACUUGCAUCAUUUGUGUGAGAAGUAAACAUGAGUCCGGACUUACCCAAAAACAAAUAAAUAAGAGCCCAGGCUUAAGUGGUUAGUACUUGACGAUUUGUGAUACUAUGUACUAGGCUCAAUUCCUAUCAAGCGUAGGGGCCCUCUCCCCAUUGACUCACCCAACAAAAGAAGUAAAUACGAUGGUUUCUUCCC